AUGAAGGGCUUCAUUUUGCUGGAAUUAGGUCGAGAAGCAGAAUUUUUGGAGCAUACGCAGGGUAACCCACUAAAAAUCGAUUAUCUUCAUUUCAUAUUGGAUCUAGCCGCAAGAUUGAAAACGCACUCAGUAAUGCAGUCUUUGCUCGAUCUCUCCGUUUUUCUCCAUAUACGUCCACAGGAGAAAGCAUCUAUCUAUGAUGAGCUCAUCAAAAUUUACGGGAAAUCAAAAAGAGUUGACAGCCUUGAGAAGAUCUGCGAUCGUGUAUUGUCAGAGAAAGAAGAGGAGCAUUAUCGGCACACCACAGCGCGACUGGCUCAUUUCUAUAGGUAAUG